AUGGCGGCUCUUAAAUUUCUUACACUCGCUUCUGCGUCUGCCGUCCUGAUGGCUAACGCCAUCCGUCAAACCGAAAAGCAAAGUCCAUUGGCAGCGAGAGAAACACCGGUUAACUACACUGUAGAUCUCGGUACGUUGGCAGAUACUUGUUUACUACUGAAGGUUUCAGCCCUGUGGUCCAAAGAUGUCUUCCUGAUGGCUAACGCCAUCCGUCAAACCGAAAAGCAAAGUCCAUUGGCAGCGAGAGAAACACCGGUUACCUACACUGUAGUUCUCGGGGAAGAACAUGUGUGCCUCGACGAAAUCAACGCUGCACGGUUGGAAAAUACAUGUUUACUACUGAAGGUUUCAGCCCUGUGGUCCAAAGAUGUCUGCAUCGUUUGCUUUUAUACAGGGGAAAAACAUGUGUGCCUCGAAGAAAUUAACGCUGCACGCGAAGCCGCUGGACUUGAACACUUCAAAGAGGAGAGCGCUGCAAGCCUUACGUGGCCUCCAGUUACCUUGACGCAAAAAACACAGCACAAUACUGCAUGGGAUCCUGUUUGUAAAGCUCUGACAACAGAAGAGUCGGCAGAUGUAGCGAAGAGCGGAAAUGGAAAUGACUUUCAAGCUGGCACGUACGCCUACAUGGCCUUGGAAUCGGAUGAGCCCGACUGUGCCGCCGCAGUGAAGCACUGGAAGGACGCCGUCAACAACUUCACUACAAUCCCUCCGGCGAAGAAUGAGCAAACGCAAAAGGAAAUUUACAGCAAACAGCAGAACAUUUCUUUUGUUGCCAUGUACAACCCUCAACAGAAUGCCGUUGCUGACUGCCGCGUCGUCACCUGCACACAAACGACAGCUCCCAACCUCCCAGCAGUAGACACACUAAACGCUGAUAAAGGGAAGACAGGCCAUGCUCUACUGUGCAUGACCACACCUGAAGCACUUACAGCGACCGCAGAACCCUUCAACGAAGAGCAGUGGAAGAAGAUCAAGGCAUCCAUCACAGGUUCAGCCUCUGCUGUUGCCCCGAGUCUGCUGGCCGUCGCUAUUGCGGCCCUUGGCUUGUUGGCCCUUUAA